UGAUGAGAAAAAUUGAUUGAUAAAAAAGACACUAAUUGAUACGAAUCGUUACAUUAUUUAUAGUUUCAAUUAAUUGUAAGUUUACAACAAUUUCAAUAUGUUUGAAAAGAGAUUAAAUUUAACCAUUGGUGCUUUCAAUUUUGUAUUUUCAGCAAUGUUUAUCAAGGAAAAUGGACAAACUCGACCUGCAUUGAAAACACUCAGUGGACUAUUAAAUACUAUUGGUCGUUCAGGUAAUUUCGAGAUCAAUUUAAAAACAUCACCUGAUGAGACACUUGGACAAUUGUCCGAUUCUGGAUAUAAAACCGGAGUUCUUGGGAUGUUACAACGUCAAGAAAUUGAUAGUUGUUUUCUUCCUUUACCACUGGACAUACCAAAUCCUCCAGGUAACUUUAGUCCGGUUAUUCAUGAUGAUGCUUAUCACAUCUAUUCAUUUCCUUGGACAUCAACCUCGGUCACUCAGGAUGUUGUAAAAAGUUUGGAGACAAUUAAUCUUACUCUUUGGUUAACAAUGUCCGCAUUUAUAUUUAUUCUGGAGACAAUCAACCAUUUGGUCAUCUAUUUGAAUAAAAACGGAGUAAAUAAUCAAUGUGAUACAAUAAUCUCAUCAUUAUUUGAAGCACUAAAUACCGUCGCUUGCUCUGUAUUUAGUCAAUAUCUUCCAGGUCGAUCUAUGCUACGAACCGUUCAAACUAUUGCGAUCAUGUUAUUUACCAUAACCUUGGGUGUUAUAUUCAGUACCAGUACCAUCGUCGGCAAUGACGAGGCAAAGAUAAACACACUGGAAGAUGUUAUCAGUCAGGAUAAAAAACCUUUAUGGCUUGAGGGUGAAUCGGUUUUCGAGCUGUUCCAAGAAGGUGUCAAUACAGAUUAUACGAAAAUUUAUGACUUAGGUCAAAAAAAGGGAACUGCAUCACCGAUUCCAUUGAGUUCGACAAGUAUUAUUGAACAAAUGGGCCAUGAGGCAGUUUAUUUCUGUUCCAAUGAAAUCGCUCGAGUUGUUAGGAAACUAUCAGAAUCUUUAGGUUCGAGUAUCGCUAAGAAUGAGUAUAAAUCGACGAAACCUUAUCAUCGGGCAUUGGAAGCAUUUCUCAUGAAUCCAGCUAAAGACGCAGAGGAAAUUAGAUCAAGGAUUAAAAAAUUAUCGAUCAGGCAGAUUCAAGGAGACAUUUUCAUUCAAGACUUACGAAGGAUAAUUAAUGAACUUUUAACAAGCUCAGUUCUAGGAAUCAAACCAUAUCAACUAUAUUUUUCCUAUGGAAAGUCAGAAAUGCAUAUGAUUAACUUUCAGCCCUUGAAUUUUAACGGGUGUAAAGUUGUAUUCGUUAGCUGGGAAAUCGCAUUAGGAGUCGCAACGAUUGUGCUUCUAGUGGAGAUUUUGUCGCAUCAAUUGACAAAACCCAAAGUCCAUAAUUGACAUGACAAUUACAAUAAUAUAACGUACAUGAAUUAAUCAUUUAUUGUAAUCGAAGUAAA